CACGCGAAAACUAUCGAUAACGGGGUCCUAUCGUUCUUUGAUAUCAUUCAAGACUUGAUGUCGAGCUGUAAUAGCUGAAAAUUAAUUUUAUAAUUUUGCAUACGCAUCGUUUUAAAAAACAUCAGCAACAUGGCCACGGCUGAAGUCCAAAUCGGUGUGAACAGAAACUUGCAGAAGCAGGACCUCACUAACUUGGACAUCUCCAAACUCACACCUCUUUCACCAGAGGUCAUCUCCCGGCAGGCGACCAUUAACAUCGGCACCAUUGGUCAUGUGGCCCACGGCAAAUCCACGGUGGUUAAGGCCAUCUCCGGCGUGCAGACUGUGCGUUUCAAGAACGAACUGGAACGCAACAUCACAAUCAAGCUGGAACGCUUAAGCGAAAAGAAAAUCAAAAAACUUUUGAGCUCCAAGCAGCAACGGCAGCAAUAUGAAAUCAAGCAACGGUCUCACCUGCGGCACCUGGCUGAAAUGCGGCGGCACAGCCGGUUGCGCCGCCUCAAUACCAUGCCAGCGCAUUCUUCCUCGAACUUAAUCAGACGUACCAGCCACCGUAGCAGCAGCCAGAAUUCACUGAGUCCCAGCAACAGUAGCGGCUAUGGAAGUGUCUUUGGGUGCGAAGAACACGAAGUGGGCCAAUCUCAAAGCCAUAAAGGAUUUGCCAAUCUAAAGCGUCGCCGCAGCAGUGGAGUGUGUACUCCAACUUCAGACUCCAAGCGAUCGAAAAACAACCAGGGAGUGAUGGUAAAAAAGCCGCCCAAGGGCGAGUACAUUGUGGAGCGUAUUGAGUGCGUAGAGGUGGAUCAAUACCAACCCGUCUUCUUCGUCAAAUGGCAGGGUUACAAUGCUAGUAUGAACACCUGGGAGGGUCUUCGGAACUUGGCCGACUGCGCCCAAAUGGAGGAGUUUGUUGAGCGUCAUCAGCAGCUCUAUGAGACUUACAUUGCCAGCAUAACCAGUGAGCUUGAGAAACAGCUAGAAGCCGUUCCAUUGCUUGAGAACAUUACUGUAGCUGAGGUCGAUGCCUUUGAUCCCCUACAUUUGCAGAUUGACAUCAUUCUAUUAGCCCAGUACAGGGCUGCGAGCAGUCGUAGCCAAAGAGAGCCGCAAAAGAUCGGAGAGCGGGCCUUGCGAAACAUGCAGCUCAAGCGGGCACAGUUUACACGACGCAAGCAGUUGGUUGAUCUGGCGAAGUUUGAGCAGCGCAUGAACCAAGUGGAGGAGCCUUCGCCUCCGAUACGAGUAGAGAACAACGUGGAUUUGGACACCAUAGACAGUAACUUUAUGUACAUACAGAAGAACAUAAUCUGCGAGGGUGUUCCCACUCCAGUAGCGGGUCUUCUGGGCUGUAAAUGUUGCGACGAAGAUGGCGUAGAGGAAUGUACCGCCUCUACGAAGUGCUGUGCCCGCAUGGCAGGCGAACUUUUCGCCUAUGAGCGAAAUUUACGACGCUUGCGUUUGCGACCUGGAAGCGCAAUUUUCGAGUGUAAUAGCCGCUGCACGUGCAGCGCAAGCUGCUCAAACCGACUAGUGCAGCACGGACGACAAAAGCCGCUGGUUCUGUUUAAGACCAGCAACGGUAGCGGUUGGGGAGUGCGUACUCCCACUUUCAUGCGAAAGGGCGAAUUCGUGUGCGAGUACAUUGGGGAGAUCAUCACCAGCGAUGAAGCCAAUGAACGUGGAAAGGCUUACGAUGACAAGGGUAGGACGUAUCUCUUCGACUUGGAUUACAACACUGCCCAGGAAAGCGAAUAUACAAUUGAUGCGGCGAAUUAUGGCAACAUCUCGCACUUUAUCAACCACUCGUGCGACCCCAAUCUCGCCGUGUUUCCUUGUUGGAUCGAACAUUUGAAUGUGGCCCUGCCACAUCUCGUCUUCUUUACACUACGUCCGAUUAAGGCUGGCGAGGAACUUAGCUUUGACUACAUUCGCGCGGACAACGAAGAUUUGCCCUACGAAAACCUCUCGACCGCUGUGCGCGUCGAGUGCCGCUGCGGAGCGGCCAAUUGCCGAAAGGUCCUUUUUUAAAUAGAAGACUUUCCAUUUUAAUACGCUAUACUUUUCCUUAAAUAUCAUUGAAUAAAUUUGUUCUUUAAAUUAGAUGGCCUAUUGGCAAUAUUUAAGCAGUUUUUUUUUAUUACAAACUAUUAAUUGAUGGCAUUUUAACUAUUUAUUUGUUAAUAUUUUGCACUGCCCAAAAGUGACGAAUUGAAAUUAUGUUAAGUUUGACCACUACAUGACUAGAGAAUAAAAAAGAAAAUUCUGAAUAACUUGUACAUGUAAUUCCAUAAAUAAUGUAAAACCGAAUUAAGUUAAUUUUAGUAUUUUAACCAACACCUUUUUUAAUGCACAGGAAUUAAGUACGGCAUUAUGAUUAUUUGUAAAUCAUUAUUUUUAUAAUAAAUAUAUCAUGAUAAUUAA